AUGGUUGAAGCUGUUGCUGAUAUUGGUCUUAUUGGUUUGGCCGUCAUGGGUCAAAACUUGAUCUUGAACAUGAAUGACCAUGGUUUUGUUGUCUGUGCUUAUAACCGUACCACUUCCAAGGUUGACAGCUUUUUGGAAAAUGAAGCCAAAGGUACCAACAUUGUCGGUGCUCACUCUGUUGAAGAACUCUGUGCCAAACUCAAGCGCCCAAGAAAGGUGAUGCUCCUUGUUAAGGCUGGUUCUGCUGUUGAUGCUUUCAUCGAUCAACUCUUGCCUUUCUUGGAAAAGGGAGAUAUCAUUAUUGAUGGUGGUAACUCUCACUUCCCUGAUUCUAUUCGUCGUACCAAGGAAUUGGAAGAAAAAGGUAUUCUUUUCGUUGGUUCUGGUGUUUCUGGUGGUGAAGAAGGUGCUCGUUUCGGUCCUUCCUUAAUGCCUGGUGGUAACCCUGCUGCUUGGGAAUCUAUCAAGCCCAUUUUCCAAUCUAUUGCUGCUAAGGCUCCUGAUGGUGCUGCCUGUUGCGAUUGGGUCGGUGAAACUGGUGCUGGUCAUUAUGUCAAGAUGGUUCACAAUGGCAUUGAAUAUGGUGAUAUGCAAUUAAUUACUGAAGUAUACCAAAUCAUGCUUGAAGGUCUUGGUUUGACUCACGAUGAAAUGGCUGAAGUCUUCGCUGAAUGGAACAAGGGUGAAUUGGAUUCUUUCUUGAUUGAAAUUACUAGAGAUAUUCUCAAGUACAAGGACACUGAUGGUGAACCUUUGGUAACCAAGAUUCGUGAUACUGCUGGACAAAAGGGCACUGGCAAGUGGACUGGUAUUGAUUCUUUGGAUCGUGGUAUUCCUGUCACUUUGAUUGGUGAAGCUGUAUACUCUCGUUGUUUGUCUUCUCUUAAGGAUGAACGUACUCGUGCCUCCAAGAUCUUGAAGGGUCCCUCUCCCAAGUUCUCUGGUGAUAAGAAGGCUUUCAUUGCUCAAUUGGGUCAAGCUCUAUAUGCUGCCAAGAUCGUGUCUUAUGCUCAAGGUUACAUGUUGAUGCGUCAAGCUGCUAAGGAUUACGAUUGGAAGUUGAAUAAUGCCGGUAUUGCUUUGAUGUGGCGUGGUGGAUGUAUCAUUCGUUCUGCUUUCUUGGGCAAGAUCCGUGAUGCUUACAACAACAAUCCCGAAUUGGAAAACCUCUUGUUUGAUUCCUUCUUUGCUGAUGCUACUGCCAAGGCUCAAGAUGCCUGGCGUAACGUUGUUGCUCAAGCUGUCGUCAUGGGUAUCCCUACUCCUGCCUUGUCCACUGCUUUGAACUUCUAUGAUGGUCUUCGACAUGAAAUGUUACCUGCCAAUCUCCUCCAAGCUCAACGUGAUUACUUUGGUGCUCACACUUAUGAACGUCUUGAUGCCCCUGGCAAGUGGGUACACACCAACUGGACUGGUCGUGGUGGUAAUGUCUCAGCUUCUACCUAUGAUGCCUAAAUAUUAUGAUGAAAUCUUCCUUCCCUCUCCUUUUAUUUUUUUAGUCUAGUGUAUGUAUUUUCUUUUUUUUUUUUUCUUUUUCCUCCCUUUAUUACUUACAUUCAUGUUUAUAUCUUUUAUAUAAUCUUUGUCAUAUACAUCAUCAACCCUCCAAAAAAAAAAAGCACAAU